CCAUCCACUCGCCCACUCUCACUGAGCAGUUUUCUCCCAGCAGUUGCAUCCUGCCUGCCAGCUCCAGCGCUACCGUUAGCUAGCAAAUAAGGGAGUAGCAAGUCGUUUUUACUCACGGAAUUACGUUUUAAUAUCUUAACAUUUUGUCAUUUUGCUGAGUAGUUCUUUUGCGAAAAUGAAAUUACAGUUUUCCCGCACCGGCGCCCCUCCUAGAAGACAAAAUUCCCUGUGUAAACUCAGCUUUUUCACUUCGACCUCGGUAGCUCAACGGGUUUAGCAAGUCAGUUCGUCUUGACAAGCGAGAGGCUCAGCUGUCCGCCGCCGCCGCUGAUGCUCUGCGAGGGGGCGCGGAGGGGGGGUUUGGACAAAGCCAGUCAGAUGUUGGACGGUGAAAAAUAUCCUCGGAACUCAAACGUCUGUACACCCGGUCGUGAAACCGAAUUGUCAAGCUGAUCAUCUGUCGCGAAGUUGCCAAGAUUAAGGGGACGUGUAAGGUCUAUUUUUAAAAGGGCGAGAGUUUGGAUCUCGCACCGAGGGAAGGAGUAAGGGGUGUGCGGAGGAGGAAGACCCACAGAGAGUAAGGGACGUAGGGGGAGAAAAUCCUGAUGCCAGUAAUGGCAAACGAGCCGAUCAUCCUAAACGUCUAUGAUAUGUACUGGAUCAAUGAGUUCACCAGCUCUCUGGGCAUUGGAGUGUUUCACUCAGGGAUUGAGAUCUAUGGAAGAGAGUUUGCCUAUGGCGGACACCCAUACCCGUUCUCAGGGAUCUUUGAGAUUACGCCAGGUGAUGCAACUGAACUCGGCGAGACUUUUAAGUUCAAAGAAGCCAUAGUCUUGGGUAGCACAGACUUCACAGAGGAGGAUGUGGAGCGGAUCGUGGAGGAGAUGGGCAAGGAGUACAAAGGCAACGCCUACCACCUCAUGCACAAGAACUGCAACCACUUCUCCUCAGCACUGUCGGAGAUCCUGUGUGGCAGGGAGAUCCCUCGCUGGGUCAACCGCCUGGCUUACUUCAGCUCCUGCGUGCCAUUCCUCCAGAGCUGCCUGCCCAAAGAGUGGCUGACCCCGGCUGCCUUACAGUCCAGCGUCAGCCAGGAGCUCCACGGAGGAGGAGAGCUGGAGGAGGCGGAGGAUGCCGCCGCCACCGCCUCCCUGGCCUCCAUGUCGCCCUGCUCACCCUCAUCCUCCUCCAGCCCCUCCUCCUUGCCUCGCCAUUCCCGCCACCAGCCCCGGCGGUAGAAAGUGCCAGGCGUUGCUGCGGGGGUGGGGGUUGGGGGGGACUCGGGGCUGGAAUUGUGGUCAGGAAGCAGAACUGCCGCAGCAUCUGAUGAGUCCAGCUACAGCCAAAAUGUACCUGCCGGACUGUCCUCGAGCAAGGCACUGAGCUGCUCUGGGUAAGAAUGUCAGCCAAGUCACUGCUGCAAUGAUCCAGAGUGGAGUAGUGGAAUGGGAGGGGGGAGCUCUCACCACUGACAAAGGCAGGAUCAUCUCUCAGUAAACAUGGCUGAUGGAUCACAACAUCCCAUCCAAAAUCCAAACUGUGUCCCCCUCAAGUCUCUUUCAUUAUUUCACCAGCCAAAUCACAAUACAGAAUGGAAGCAGGGCUGUUUGUUUUCCCGCCAAAGUGUUUGUUUGUUUUUUUUAAGGAAAAUUUACCAGCCUCAUCCAUAUUUUUACCAGCAGUUACUUGGUGAAUGGUGCUUUUUGUGACAGAAACCAGAGAUUGUUUGUUUAUUCUUGCGCUGAAAACCAUAGAAAACAGGGUAAAAUUGAACAAAUCUGACUGAUGUCUCUGGUUUCUUAAGUUUGGCUGACAUGGGUGGAAAAUGUCAGAUGGUUUGACCUUAUCAGUCACUAGGUGUCACAACUUUCAGUUGUUUGGAGCUGAAAAAUCCACUUUUUCAGCCAAGUGGAGCUAAAUAUGGACGAGCAGGAGGCCACCAUCCAUUAAAAAUCCUCACACCUAUACAUGAUGUGUAUAUAAUCACACCCCUUCAGUUGUCUGGUAUAGGGCACUGGUUUAAUAUGACUGUGACUGGUAAAUGUUUCCACUGCAGCCAACUGUUGGUGAAGUUUUAGCUGGUAAGAUUCUGAAAGCAGCAGGUGGAUGAUUUUGGACUCAAACACUUUGCCUCAAAAUGCUGUGUGCGCAUCAGGACCUCAGCCUUUUGUUCUUUUUCUAUCACAGCAAGCUGGAUAGACUACAAACAGCCUCAAAACGCCACACAGAAACAAAUGUACUGAUCCAGGACCAGUGUCUAAAUGGGUGAAAAUCCCUAACACUCAUUGAAUGAGUUCAGUACCAGGUAAUCUUUGCUUCCCAAGUCCCUUUCUUUGUCCCUUUUUGUCAGAUAUCUGUAGCAGCUCUUCAUAACUGCACCUGAUUUGAUAAAAUUGAACCCAGUGAAGCAGAUUUUAAAAAUGUAUCAGCCUGCUGUAAUUUUGUUAAUUCUUUCUAAAUGAAUAACUUAAUUAGGUUGCAGGGCAGGCGGUGGCUUAGAGGUUAAUGAAGACUUUUUGUUACCAAGAAAGUUCUGGGUUUAAAUCUCAGAGUAAAAUAGAGCAAAUUCCCUCUUAGUAGCAACUGCCAAGGUGCCUUUGAGCAAGGUACUUAACCUACAGGUGUCCCAGUGGCCACCAGUAGAAGACGGGCUGCACUGGACUGCUCCCAGUUGUCAGUGUGGUAAUCUUUGUCUGAAGUCUGAAGCAAAAUGUUUCGUCUUGACCAGAGUAAGCCAAGUUUAUAUUGAUGGACAUGAUGUUGGUUUGUGAUCUACAUAAAGGAAGAGAUGUGGAAGUGAGGAAGAGUAUGUCUUAAAUGGGAACCCUCUUUAACUGACCUGUGAUCAGCCCCCGCAAUCCUGACGGUCAGAUUCUUCACGUCUGUGUCCAGUUAGGGAUAACGCACAUUGGUGUUAAUUUGGAGCAUCACAAACACAUAUUAAGUUUAAUUUUGAUUGAAAUCAUAGUGUACUAUCAUUUUAAUCAAUUUUAAUAUAAUCUUACAAGAAGAUGCUGCUUUCCCAAAUGAUGAGCACCUCAUUUAAAACUCUACAUGCUGUUAACACCACCACGUAUGCUGCAUAAUGUGGAUUGUCCCAAACAAGAGCCAUGGAUGUGUUGAGAAUAUAUUUCUCAGUUGAUUUUACUUGUUUUGCUGGAAGUCUGAUGACUGGACUACAAGCCGGAUGUUUUUUUUUUUUGUUUGUUUUGUUUUUAAAUCCUUUAUUGUUUUUCUAUGAUGUAUGGACUCUGGCCUUUUUGUCUGUUUUGUUUAUGUUUGAUAAACUCAGGACUCUAAAAGGCUUUGUAAUAUAAUCCUUUAAACUUUUUUAUCCCACAUUUUAUCUUUGCGUUGUUGCUUUUUCUAAUGCAGUAGUCACUCCAUAGAGCUUUUGAAGAACGCACUGUGGCAGUGCAGUUUUAUACUCCUCUCUUUGAUAAAAAAAGAAAGAAGAGAAUUUGUUUACAACCUAGAUGUUUUUAUGUGAGAGCCCGUGCUGCUCUUGCUGUGCUGUUUUCCUGUCUGUGCAUGAAUGUGAGUGUGUGCACACUUGUAUUAUAAAUGGUUAGUAUCAACAUGCUGCCACCUGGGCCACAUUUCUACAUGUCACACACACACACACAGAUAUUCUGCAAAAGGGAUUCAUCUUCACAAAUGUAGCAGUGUUUCCAAGGGUAUUUUGUUCACAUCUUCAAGAGACUGGAUUUCUUUAAAUAUGUUUUUUGUCCUCAAUCUUAAAUUUAGGAUAUUUUCAGUUACCUUAUUUUGGUGCAGUGGCAGAUAAUGCUAUAAUAGUAAACCAAACAGAAACAGUGUUACAGCAGGACACACUGUAAAACAAUAACAUGUCUCAUGAAACCAGCAUAUUUAUCUGAUUUGGAGUGAAAGGAUUCAACUCGAUGUGUUAUCCACUUAAUUUUAAACGUUACUUUUUUGUAAAUCUGUACAAGAAAACUAAUAUUUGUUUUUAAUGCACUGACGCAGACUGACAACACACUUGUACUGCUCAUGUCAGCGCCUUCUGCUGGCUGAUAUUUGUACUGUUACUUGUCUGUGCUUCAACACAGACACUGAGGUUUCCCUUAACCUUCAUAGCUUCAGAUAGUUGAUCCAUUGUCUAUUGACAGAUACACAAUAUCUCACCAAACAUUAAUUAUCCACCAGCUGAAUGGAGUUAACCAACAGAUGCAGUCUUUCAUUUCAAAAUGCAGAGAAAGAAAAUAGUUCCCUCAGAUCGCAACAUUCAGCAUCAUUUAAAGUACCACAAAUCACCAUCACUGAGGCCAAAGAUAGUUACAACGUCACAAAUCCUUGCUCUUUUUUUCCAUAACAGCCUUUGAAUUACCUUUUUAAAUAAAUGUGUCAUUUAGGAAUGAAACAACCAUUCUUUGAGUAAAUGUUCUUAUUUAAUUACAAUAGUAAAUGUCACAUCAAAGGAUUAUUUAUGGAACAUUCACAUUACAUGUAUGAGCUAUGAAUGUAAAUUGGGAAACCUCAGUCAUUCAAAUCCCAGAAAAAACUGACUUCAGCUGUUUUACAGUGAAUUUUCACAGACUUCACUGGAGCCAAUCAGAUUUGUACCCUGUUGGAAAGUGAUUAAAGAGAAGUAUACAA